UGUAUCAGAGAGUAGGAGACAAUCCCUGAGCAGGAGCUGCUUGUAAAUUUCAGUUGUAGGAUCUAGCAAACUAACAGGCCCCUGUUACCCAAACCAUCAACUUUCUUGCUCAGCAGUUCUACCGUUAAUUGCUCUGGGAUUUUUCUUUUGUCACUUACAAACCCAUCAAGCCUGUUUUCUGGACUGCUGGACUUUGGGACUCAUUGAUGCACCCAUUUCAGUGGUGUAACGGAUGCUUCUGUGGUUUGGGGCUGAUUUAUACCAAUAAAUCGUGCACAAUGCCUCCCAUCACCUUCCAGGAUCUACCGCUGAAUAUCUACAUGGUCAUUUUCGGCACCGGCAUCUUUGUCUUUGUGCUCAGCCUCAUCUUCUGCUGCUACUUCAUCAGCAAACUUCGGCAUCAGGCACAGAGUGAAAGAUUUGGAUACAAGGAGGUGGUCUUGAAAGGUGAUGCCAGGAAGUUAAAUUUGCAUGGGCAGACCUGUGCCGUCUGCCUGGAAGACUUUAAAGUGAAAGAUGAGCUGGGAGUGUUACCAUGCCAACAUGCCUUCCACAGAAAGUGUCUAGUGAAAUGGCUGGAGGUUCGCUGCGUCUGUCCCAUGUGCAACAAGCCCAUCACAGGCCCCACGGAGCCCCACCAAGGCAUUGGGACACUCCUGGAUGAGCUGGUGUGAGGGCCUCUUUUCUCUCCCAUGAAGCCAAGCAGCCAUCCAGACGGACCAUUUCCUGGUGAUCUCUGCACUUAACCCCUCCACCCACCUCCCCUGGGGAUUGCUAAGACAGCAGCCUGUGAUACCUCCUGCCAUGGGCAUAUGGCACCCUCGUAACACCUGGGACAGAUCCACUGCCAUGAGUGCAGGAGGAAAACAAGCUGCAUCCCCCGUGAAGCACACAGAGGAGGAGGUGUUGGCCCAACUCUGGGGUCAUUGGGACCUGAGCGUCAAACUCCUGAUGCAUGAAGGGCCUGGGAGACUUAAUUGUGCCCCUUCCUAGCUGAUCUUGCAGGGACGUCUGAUUUCUUGGCACCAGGCUUCUGAAACUGGAUAUUCCUCGCAAAGACCACCCAGUUCAGGGUGGGAAGCAAGACAGGAGCCUCACCCCCAAUCCCAUGGGGGACUGUGGUUCAAACCCAUCUACCACUGUUCUUAAUAGGUUUACUAUAACCCUCUUUCAAAACCAGAACUUACAUUUAGGGCCUUAACUCUUCCACAGGUCCCUUGUAAAGGCCAAAGCUUUAGCUCUGCUACAGCCAGCCAGGUAUUGUCCCGACUGCUGGAACCACAGCGCUGAUUCUUAUCUAUGGCCCAUUGAUGGGAUCUCUUUGUCUUAAAAAAAGAAUAGUCGGUGUUUACAUAGGGCCUGAACAAAAACAGAAGCUGCAGCGGGCAUGUCAUAACUGAUUAGAUCCUGCUGGCAGAGCUGGACUGUUGCAAAAGUGGGAGCGGUGUUUAGGGAACCACAGCAGAGGGGCAGGGGAAUGCCCCAUGUUGGACAUUAAUAUUCCUUUCUUGUAUCAGGCUAGCAAGACCUUUUAGCAGCUGGUGGAGAUAGUUUGGAGAUGUUUCAAAUACAAAGCAGGUUUUUCUUUUGAAUUAUUUUUAAUUUAAACUUGGAGGCUGUUUUUUUUUAUUUUGUUUUUAAAGUCACCUCUCAGAAUUUCCUUCCAGCUCAGAGACUGUGCAAAUUAGUAAAAACACUCUGAGAUAUUCUGUUUUGUACCUUGAAAGUGAACUGUCACUGUUUGCAUAAGGCAGAAAGUUUGGGGAGAGGGAGGGGCUGAUGGGUGGAAAAUCCAGUCUGGAUUCCCCCACCUCCUCCCCACUAUGUUGCACUGUAAAUAAUAUUUUUGUAUGUAUUACUUUUCUGACUGUCUCAGGCUUCCUACACACCCCUGAGGAUGGGGGAUGUACAGUUUUAUGUAAAACAAUAAUUAAACUGAAGGCAUCUUA